CGCUAUGCAAACAACUCCAAUUACAAAAACGACACCAUGAUCCGUAAGGAAGUCUUCCUCACCCCCGCCGUUCUCAAAGAAUGCCGCCGCAUCAUUGCGGAGAGCGAGAUCAUGAAGGAAGAUGAUAACAACUGGCCUGAACCUGACCGUGUUGGGCGGCAGGAGCUGGAGAUUGUUAUGGGGAAUGAGCAUAUCUCCUUCACUACUUCAAAGAUUGGAUCACUUGUUGAUGUUCAGAGCAGCAAGGAUCCUGAAGGGCUUCGCAUAUUCUACUAUCUUGUCCAGGACUUGAAGUGCUUCGUAUUCUCCUUAAUCUCUCUCCACUUCAAGAUCAAGCCUAUCUAGAGGAUGAUAAAAUCUGCUAUAUAUUGAUGUUCUAAUGGUGUAACUGAUUUUGUCAUAUGGCUUCUUGGGUUUGUAGGAUUGUUAAGGAUUCUUUCUCCGUCCCUUUAUGGCACUUUCAUUGAUCUGGAUGUGUACUAUUUGAGUGGUUACAUGGAUUUUGGGAGCAUCAAUUGUGUUAAAUUGAUGAUAUGAGAGCUCUGGAGAUUUUCUAGCAUGUUUCUUGCUCUUUGGUUGUUAAGGUGUUUUGCCAUGUAGGAACAUUUGAAACAUUCUGAGCUAAGCUUCCAUGAGAUGUUGGCCCUUAAUACUGCACACAUGUCAGAUUACUCAUGUCCAAUGUUGACCCUUAAAACAUGCUUACUUAUCAAACUAGAGAGCUCUGAUUUUAGGCUUCAAUGUAGGAUAUGGAUACCUGAAUAAGCUUGCUCAAAUUCA